AUGAUGAUGAUGAUGAGCAGCGACGCAGCGGUGUCACUGUCGAUGGCACAUCCGCACGCCCCAGCCAAGUCGAAAAUGUGGACGACGACAACACCCAAUCGACGCGAAGAUGUGCGGUGCAGCUCCCCGAGGCAAAUACACAGCACAGCAGAGCCAAGUCAGCGUCGACUCUGUGCGAAAUUAAUUCCAAAAAUCAAGAGAAAAGAGGACUCAGCAGCCAGCCGAUCUUGGAUGCUGGUGCGUCGGUCAAGUCUCAUCUGUCUGGCGCUCACAAGCUGGGCGUGCACAGCCUUGGCGCGUCGCCUGUCAACCGGCGCCAAAUCCUUGUCGGAGCGCGACUCUGUGUUCGAUGUGACCCGCGCAUCUGGGCGGAUUCGAUUCUGGAUCUGCCUUCCAACGCGAGCGCUCAUCUCCACUCCCGAGUCGACUUUGAUCCCGAAAAGGAAGACUGCGGAGCGAAUCGACCGCUUCUCCUUGACCAUUCCGGACCUGCCACGACAAGCGCGCUCCUCGCCUUCCCCUCACAUCCUUCUUCAGUCAACGACGCUGUCAGACACACCAUCCUCGCAUCGCUAUACCGGCAAGGCCGCCGCAGACAGAAAGGCGCAUCGCACGGUGAACACGCUGCGCCUUUCGAUCGCUCCCGUCUUAGAGCCGGAAGGGUCCCGACUCGCUUCACUCGUGCCACCCGUCCAAGCUCCUGCUGCAGACGAGGAGAACAGGCACGCUCAACACGUCGGCAUCGAUCCGAGCGCUCACACGGACUCGCCGUCAGACCACCUCGCGGGCGCAUCGCGACAACUCUUGUCGUUCCCUGGACGGCCUGGAAGGAUGCGCUGA